AUGGCUACUCCCGGACGUCUUCAAGGCAAGAAUGCCAUCAUCACCGGUGCUGCUGGUGGCAUCGGCCUCGAAACAACCAUCCUCUUCGCCCAACAAGGCGCCAACGUCCUGCUCGCCGAUAUCUCCGAGCCUGCCCUGGCAAAGGCCCUGGCCAAGGUAAAGGAACUCGUCCCAAGCGCAGGCCGCCUCGAGACCAUCCGCUGCGACGUCUCGAAAGAAGCCGACGUGCAAUCCAUGAUCGAGUCACAGGACAGCUGGGGCGGAGUCGACAUCAUCUUCAACAACGCCGGCAUCAUGCACGCCAAGGACGAUGACGCCGUUUCCACCCCCGAGGAAAUCUGGGACCUUACCCAGAACAUUAACGUUAAGGGCGUCUGGUUCGGCUGCAAGCAUGCCGUGCUGAGCUUGCGCCGCAACAAGAAAACCAAGGGUAGCAUUAUCAAUACUGCUAGCUUUGUCGCGCUUAUGGGUGCCGCCACGCCUCAGCUUGCUUAUACCGCGUCCAAGGGUGCUGUGCUUGCUUUGACGCGCGAGUUGGCUGUUGUUCAUGCUCGGGAGGGAUUCCGGUUUAACUCGCUUUGUCCUGGUCCGCUUAAUACCCCCCUCCUCCAGGACUGGCUCGGCGACGACCACGCCAAGCGCUUCCGUCGCGAGGUCCACUUCCCCAGCGGCCGUUUCGGCGAGGCCGUCGAGCAGGCCCAGGCUGUUGUUUUCCUUGCUAGUGAUGAGAGCAGCUUUGUUAAUGGUACUGACUUUGUCGUGGAUGGUGGUUUGAGCAAGGCCUACGUCACCCCCGAAGGACCCGCCCCCGCUGCGCCCAAGAACAACGCCCAGUAG